AUGGGAAAUUCGAAUUCAUCUAGCAAUGAUCAAAAUAGUUGGAUAGCAGUGUCUGCUAAUGAUGGAUCUGUCCCUGUUUUCGAACCAUCACUUCGUUCAAUAGUCGAAAGACGACCUGUUUUCCCUUCUAAAAAUGUGUUAAACAAUGGCCAAACGUCGUCCCCCAUACUGUCAGCACCGGUGGUAUCAGAUUCUUCACAAAAUUUGGAUCAAUUGCGUUAUCAGUCCUACUCUACAAAUUACGUUUCUGAUAUGCUUCAACAAUCAAAGGGAUCAAAAAGAACAAAUGAUUUCUCAAAUGUCCCAGUAACCUUAUGUGAUAAGUUACCUCUUGGAAAUAAUUCAUGCUUACCUGGCACACAUUCAUCUACAAACUUUUCACCAACUCAACAACCUGCUAACUUUCAAGACAAUUCAGUUGCACAUAUAAGAAAUAAUGUUCCUCACCAUUCUUCUCAGAUACCUACAGAAGGACAAUUCGUGGCAUUACACGAUUAUGUUAAACGUGUAGAUGAUGAUUUAAAUAUGACAAAGGGCCAGAUAUUUAAUAUACUUGACAAUUCACAUUGCGACUGGUGGUUAUGUACCAAAAAUCAUUUAGCAGCUGUUACCAGUUUGGAGUCGAACGAGUGGUAUUUUGGUGAACUAAAACGUAUUGAAGCAGAACAUUAUCUUCAACUACCUGGUAAUGAUCAUGGCUCUUUUUUGGUUCGAAUUAGUGAAUCUCAAUCAAGUGAAUACUCUUUAUCAGUGAGAGAAGAGAAUACAGUCAAACACUAUCGUAUCCGAUCAAGAUAUUCACGUACUGAUCCCACUUUGAAACGUUUCUAUAUUUCAAGACAGUUGCCUUUUGUGAAUAUUCAACAAUUAGUUAAUCACUAUCUGGAAAAUCAGUCGGGUUUGUGUUGUAGACUGGGGAAACCGUGUAUUCGACCAACUCAUCCAGAACCUGUGGGUCUUUCGCAUAAGCUCAUUGAUAAAUGGGAAAUCCCGAAGUCUUCAAUCAUCUUAAAGGAGAAAAUUGGACAGGGUCAAUUCGGUGAGGUCUUCAAAGCUGUAUGGAAUAAGACGACAAUCGUUGCUGUGAAAACCCUAAAACCCAGUCCUGGUCAGUUAGUCUGUGAUUAA